UUGGAAUGAACUUAAAUUUAAUACUACAAUUAAAGAUUAUAAUAACGAAAAAUAUAAACAAGCCUUGGAAAGCUUUUAUGAUUUUGUUACCACACCCUGUAGUGAAUCUAAAAACCCCAGUGAUAUUAAAAUCAUUGGCCUGGCUACAUAUUAUAUAUUGCUUUGUUAUAUAUACAGGAAUAGUGUAGAACAAGAUAUAAAACAAGCUAUAGAUGUCAUGAAAUAUCUUUAUAAAUAUAAAAAGUAUAAGGAUGCUUGGAAUAUUUAUUUAGAAUUAGCCAAGACAGAUAAUAUUAAAUUAGAUGCAUUAAAAUGA